AUGGGGCUCAUGGACGUCGAGGAGGUGGUGGCGGCGCGUCCGGAGCAGCUGCAGACGUUUCAUUCGCGAUCCUUUGUGGCAGCCUUGAGGAACUCUUCGAAGCUCAAGGAGGAGGAGAGGCUCCGGUUCGGUCUGACCGAUGACUGCAGCGUGUUUGACGACCUUCUUGAUCUGGUUCUCCUCGAGACAGGAGGGUCGUUGAAAGCAGCAGAUUUGCUCGCGCAGGGCGAGUACCAGGUGGCGAUCUGGUGGGGAGGAGGGAGGCACCAUGCCAAAGGAAGUGUAGCAGCGGGGUACUGCUACGCGAACGACGCUGUCCUCGCCAUCUUCCAGCUGCUGGAAACGUUCGAGCGCAUCAUGUACAUCGACAUUGACGUGCAUCACGGGGAUGGGGUCGAGGAAGCAUUCUCAAGUUCCGACAAGGUCCUCACCAUCUCCUUCCAUCACUUCGCUCCUCUCUUCUUCCCCGGCUCUGGGGCCUUGAUGGAGCAGAGCGGGCAUCAAGGCAAGCGCUGCGUCAUCAACGUGCCCCUCAAGGAAGGGUGCGACGACGAAACUUUCACUCGCAUGUUCGAGUUUGUGAUCAGCAGGGCGUCGGAGAGGUUCAGGCCGAGCAUGGUGGUCAUGCAGUGUGGUGCGGACUCGCUUCAUGGUGACCCUCUUGGCGAGUUCAAUCUCUCCUCCUCGGGGUAUGUCCGAUGCCUGGAGUUGGUCCAGCAGCUCAAGAUCCCGAUGCUCGUGCUGGGAGGAGGAGGCUACAAUGCCGUCAACGUCGCCAAGCUCUGGACCAUCUUGACCUUCAAGUGCGGAGGACAUGAGGCCCCAGCUGAGAUCCCUGGCACUUGCCCCGACUACGAAGACUACGCGCCAGACUUCCUGCUAGAGGUGAGGCCGGGCUACCGCAAGAACUGCAACGACGAAGCCUAUGUGGACAUGCUGAAGAAGGUGAUCGAGAGCAGCCUGAGACUUUGCGGGGAGGAGGGAGCAAGAAGCCCUCAAGUUCAAUCGAUAGCUGAAGGGAAGGAGGAUACAGAGAGCACACAAGAACAGGAGGAGGGAGACAUCAACAAGGUGUUCGUCACCGAGGCCGCAGGAGGUAGAGAGGAAGACGAGGGACCACAAGAGAGCAGUAGUCAGGAGGAGCAGUCUCAGACAUCGUGA